GGGCUGAUUGGUCGCGCGGCGCCAACCGUCUGUAUUUGAAUCCUCGGGCGCGGCGGGAGGCGUCGCAGGCUGGGAAGGAGGCUCGGCUUCCUUCGGCUUGGUUUCCCUGUGCAGCGCUCUUCUUCCCUCACGGCGGGCGGCGGCGCAGGCCCACAGCCCGCCAGCGACGAGCAGAAUGAGUCUGCAGGUCUUAAAUGAUGAAAAUGUCACCCAUGAGAAAAGUACAGAAAACUGUGACUUCCUGUUUUCACCACCACCCCAUACCGGAACAACAUCUGUUCUUGGUCUGUCACAGAAGGAAAAUGUACCACCCAAGAACGCUGCCAAAGCCACCAAGGUGACUUUUCAGACACCUCUGCGGGAUCCACAGACACGAAGGAUCCUGAGUCCCAACAUGACCAGCAAACUUGAGACCCUUCUUGCUCUGGAUGACAGCAUUAGGUUAGAAAAGUCUCACUACGCUUGGGUACAGAAAGAGACCCAACAGCUCCCGAAGGAUAUGGAUACCAUGUUGCCCAAUGGAAUUCUCCAGAAACCAGCUGUGGCCGGUGCUGGCCUUUCUCCAGGGGACACCACCUCAGCCUCCGAAGAUGACAGCUGCAGCAAACCUGGCCCUGUGCACCUUGCUGACCCACGUGCCCCACGUUCUCCCCAGAGCCUGGGAAGUCCUGAAAAUAAGAUGUCUCCAGGACAAAUGUCUGGGAGCACUGGCCAGGCCUUGAAGGAUAGUGUUAGUUCUCAAUCCUCAGCUGAAAGCACGCCCCCUACCGCUGAGGUCCUCGAAGAUCUUCCAGCACCCCAACACCAAGUGGGCACUCCUCCUGCAACCCUGGGAGGGAGCCCCUCCAGCUCUGCCCCGGCCCAGGCUGCUGUUCCUGGAGGCCCAGGUGCAGACGCACCCCCGAAAGACCUGCCUUGCCCCCAGAACAUGGCCCUGGCCAGCCCAGAUCCCCAUAGAGAGGAAGCUGCCAGCCAAAGUGCCAUUGAUUCCAGGUGUGAGCCCAUAAGGCUAGAAUUUGACUUCUCUGAUGGGGCAGUCAGCAGAAGGGCAGAUCCAGCAUGGAGACAAGGAAAAAGGACCAAGGAGAGGCAGCCACAGGCUCCCAAGAAGGCAGAAGAGGGAGAUAGGGCCAGAGGGGCAGAUGAGACCCCUGCACUGGCUUCCCGGGGCUCCUACCACCUCAACUGGGACAAGCUGGAUGACCCAAACUGCAACCCCUUUAGAGGUGGCUCUACAUUGGCCAGCAAAGAAGCCCUGCCCCCUGAAAGCCCUGGGGCCAGGUUGGCAACACCUGCAGAGGACUCACCUCAGAGCCAGCAGAUGUACGCAGUCCCAGAGGAUUACAGGGCUGAGGUGCAGAUGGCGGCUGAUACCCUGAGCACAGAGGGCCAGGUGCAGGAGGGAACCUUGAGCUCCUCAGAUGCCUCAGCUUCCACGUGUGACCUGGAUUGUGUGCUGCCAGCCCCCUCCCAGCCUGGCCCACAGCCCAUCCUGAACCUGGAGGAAGAGAGCUUCAGAGACCCUGCCGAGGUUCUAGGCACCGGUGCUGAGGUGGAUUAUCUAGAGCAGUUCGGGACAUCCUCGUUUAAGGAGUCGGCCUGGAGGAAACAGUCCUUGUACCUGAAGUUCGACCCUCUCCUGAAGGACAGCCCUCUGCGGCCAGUGCCCGUGGUCCCAGUGACAGACAGGGUGCAGGGUACAGAGGAGCCGUCCUCAGGGAACUCAACAGAAGCCAGGCUUGUGGAGCUGGAUUUCCUGGGUGUGCUGGAUGUCCCCGUACCAGGCCCACCCCUGAAUGUCCUGGAGCCUGGUGGCCUGCCCCCACCCACCCGGCCCAUUCCCAUUGUGGAUGUGCUACAGUAUAGCCAGAGCGACCUGGAUGCAGCGGUGAGUGCAGCCCAGGAGGAGAACAAGGAGCUGAGGCGCCGGUGUGAGGAGCUACAAGGAAAGACCCUGGAGAUGGGGAGGAUCAUGGACGGCUUUGAGGGCAUUGUGUACCAGGCAAUGGAGGAUGCUCAGAAGCAGAAGGAGCUCGCCAGCACUGAGAUCCAGAGGGUCCUCAGGGAGAGAGACCAGCUCACCGCAGACCUGAACUCCAUGGAGAAGUCCUUCUCUGACCUCUUCAAGCGCUUUGAGAAGCAGAAGGAGGCGAUUGAAGGCUACCAGAAGAACGAGGAGUCGCUGAAGAAGUGCGUGGAAGACUACAUCGCCAGGGUAGAGAAGGAGGGCCAGCGGUACCAGGCGCUGAAGGCUCACGCGGAGGAGAAGCUCAGGCUGGCGAACGAGGAGAUCGCCCAGGUCCGGAGCAAGGCGCAGGCAGAGGCACUGGCCUUCCAGGCAAACCUAAGGAAGGCACAGAUGCAGGUCCAGUCGCUGGAGAAGGCCGUGGAGCAGAAGACCAAGGAGAAUGAGGAGCUGACCCGGAUUUGUGACGACCUCAUCUCCAAGAUGGAGAAGAUCUGACCAGAGCCGUGGCCACAGUGGCCCCUGCUGCUUAUCUGCCUGCCUGCCUACCUGUCUGUCUGUCUGUCUAAUUUUCUUAGUUUUUGUGUUCUUCUCUUCAUCUGUUUUUAAACUAGAUUGUCUUAGGCCAGUGUGACAGUGCACAGUGACCCCAGCACUUGGGAGGCUGAGACGGGAGGAUCAUUAUGAGUUCAAGUCCAGCCUGGGCCACACAGCAAGAUCCUAUCUCAAAAUUUAAAAAUAAAAAUUAAAAAACCUAGAUUGUCUUUAAAAGAGGACUAAAUAAAGUUUCCCUUAAACUCAGA